AUGGACAGCGUGUUGGACCCGUUCUCCGGACUGGACUCUUUCUCCUCCCCUCCUUAUUUCGACGAUGACGAGUUUUUCACCGACCAGUCCUCGAGGGACGGACACUUUGACACUGAGGACUUUCUGGAUGACGACGUGGACUUCCUCACCAGUCACUUUCAGGACUACUACAGCAAAGACGGCAGCGGCAACCGAGCGGCCCCGCACGAUGGAGACUACGACAUCGGUAACCUGUCCUUCUCCUCCUCGUCCUCCACCUUUUCAUACGGCUGCGCAGACAGCACCCCGGAGCUGUCCCCUCACCAGGGCGGCCCGCUCCUGAAGCGCAGGAGGAGGAUGAGGUCCGACAGGGAAAUGCAGCAGCUGAGGCAGGCGGCCAACGUGCGGGAGCGGAGGAGGAUGCAGUCCAUCAAUGACGCGUUUGAGGGUCUCCGCUCCCACAUCCCGACCCUGCCCUACGAGAAACGGCUCUCCAAGGUGGACACCCUAAGGCUGGCCAUUGGGUACAUCAACUUCCUUGCCGAGCUCGUGCAGUCUGAUUUGCCUAUCAGAAACUCCAGCAGCGAGACGCACGCGCAGCCUAAGAAAGUGAUCAUCUGUCACAGAGGAACAAGUGAGUCUAACUCCAGGUUUUGUCCUGUCUCUGUGCGCAUCACUGAUCCAAAGAUGUGACUGCGCAUUCAUGUCUGAGCAGGUGAGGGUGAUGAAUUUUGUUCUCUAAAGUUCUUUAUCUUUUGUUUUUGCAGGGUCUCCCUCCCCCAGCGACCCGGAUUACGGCCUUCCUCCCCUGGCCGGUCACUCUCUGUCCUGGUCGGAUGAAAAGCAGCUCAGGGAGCAGAACAUCAUCCGCACCGCCAAAGUCUGGACCCCGGAAGACCCCCGGAAACUGCACAGCAAACCGGGCCUCACGGAUAUUGAGAACGAACCUCCUUACGGGCUUGUGGCCUAAUUGAACCCCCCAAACUCAUGUUUCUGACUCCUCCGCUGAAGGCGCACAUGAACUGUGGCGGUCUGGAGCGGGUCGUGUGUGAAUGCGCACUGAGGGCGCGUAAAGUAACAGAGUGGACAGCAUGUGAGCUGACUGUACAGUUUAUGAUGUUGUUUUCAAUGUUGUAAAUAGUUUUAUCACGUUGAUAAAUUUAUUUUUGUAAUUCAGGUAAAAUGGCAAUCAUGUAUUUAUUUUCUGUACGAGUGAUAAUAUAUCUUUAAUUUAAUUUCACUAAAGGAGAACAAAUAUAUUCUGGUGCAACGAUUUAUAUUUAUACUCUGAAAAUAAAAGCACUUAUUGAUUUGAAAAAGA